AUGGCUGUGUCAGCUCUUGAUGUGGAAAUCAAAUCAGGUGUAAGAACCUUUUAUAACAUGGCUGGAAAUGCUAACCAAGAAGGAAAUAAUGGGAAGAGAGGGAGCUCUGAUAGUGAUAGAAGGAGAGAGGAACACAUAUUGGAGGUAUCAUCAGUAGUUACUUGUCAUGUGAAAAAAGACUUGGAAGACCAUGCCAUACAUCUUCUCUUCUCUGCAAACAGAUGGGAAUUAUUGCCAAAGAUUUUAUCAGAACUGAAAAGUGGAACAUCAAUAAUUGUAGAUAGAUAUGCCUUUUCUGGUGUUGCCUUUCUGCUGCAAAGAAGGAGCCUGGAAGAUGGGCCCUACAAGAGUAUGAUACUUGGCAAGCUUAGGGUUCAUAAUAGGGGACCAAGAUACAUUGACUCCUAA